AAACCCACCACUCCCAUUCAUCUCCACCCUCUCUCCUCGCCCCUCGCUCUCCCCCUCUCUCUCCCCCCCUCUCUCUCUCCUUUCUGUCGAGCACUGGAGACUCAAAAAACAACAUAGGAGACUUGAGUUUGUUCGGUCAAGAGGAUUAUUCAACCUUAACCGUUCUCGACUUAAACACUUGAGUAUUUGGAUAACCUGCUACCGUGAAAGUUAUUUCCAUGAGAUUGCGGUCACCCGGGCGCAAUAGUUCCUGAUCUCGGAGGGAGGAAGCGGAGAAGGAAAAGAUGGCCAUCCACGUCGAAGGCAUCGUGGCAAUCGUGAUCUUCUACCUCCUGAUUCUCGGUGUGGGGAUCUGGGCCGCGUGGAAGAACAAGAACUCCGGUGUUGGCGACGGCGCGGACCAGAGCGAGCGCAUCAUGGUCGGAGGAAGGGACAUCGGAUUGUUCGUUGGCGGAUUCACAAUGACCGCCACCUGGGUUGGUGGGGGCUACAUUAAUGGGACAGCAGAGUAUGUCUACCUGCCAAAUUACGGCCUUGCUUGGGCACAGGCACCCUUUGGAUAUGCUCUCAGCCUGGUAGUAGGUGGACUUUUCUUUGCGAAGCCCAUGCGUUCCCGUGGAUACGUCACCAUGCUGGAUCCCUUCCAGCAGCUGUACGGAAAGAGGAUGGGAGGCCUGCUCUUCAUCCCUGCACUCAUGGGGGAAAUCUUCUGGUCCGCAGCCAUUUUAUCCGCCCUGGGUGCAACUCUGAGUGUGAUUGUGGACAUAAACAUCAAUAUUUCGGUGGUGAUCUCAGCCCUGAUAGCCAUCUUUUACACACUUGUUGGAGGACUCUACUCUGUGGCGUACACAGACGUGGUCCAGCUCUUCUGUAUCUUUGUGGGCUUGUGGAUCAGCGUGCCUUUUGCCCUGUCCAAUCCCGCCGUGUCAGAUAUCAGCGUUACAGCCAAGGAGGAAAUCUACCAGUCGCCCUGGCUGGGCAAGAUCGAUCCUAAAGACGCAUGGCUCUGGGCAGACAACUUCUUUUUGCUGAUGUUGGGGGGGAUUCCCUGGCAGGUCUAUUUUCAACGGGUUCUUUCUGCCUCUUCAGCUACCUACGCUCAGGUCCUUUCCUUCAUCGCUGCCUUCGGCUGCCUGGUCAUGGCCGUCCCCUCUGUCCUCAUAGGUGCUAUAGGGGCCUCCACCGACUGGAACCAGACUUCUUAUGGGUAUCUCGCUCCAAAGGAUAAGGAUCAGUCAGACAUGAUCCUCCCCAUAGUGCUUCAGCACCUCUGCCCGUCCUACGUCUCCUUCUUUGGCCUGGGCGCCGUGUCGGCCGCUGUCAUGUCGUCGGCGGACUCCUCCAUUCUCUCAGCCAGCUCCAUGUUUGCCAGGAACAUUUAUCAGCUCGCCUUUCGGCAGUCGGCUUCAGAUAGAGAGAUUGUUUGGGUGAUGCGCUGCACCAUCUUUGUAUUCGGAGCGCUUGCCACUGCCAUGGCGUUGCUGACAGAAUCCGUGUACGGCCUGUGGUACCUGAGCUCCGACUUGGUCUACGUCAUCAUCUUCCCCCAGCUUCUCAGCGUGUUGUUCGUCAAGGGCACCAACACCUACGGCUCCGUGGCUGGCUACGUCUUUGGUCUUUUGUUGCGCAUCGGUGGAGGGGAGCCCUACCUCAAACUCCCACCCUUCAUCUACUACCCCGGUUGGGUGAACCAGGAGAGGAUCCACCACGUCACUGGGGAGGUGGAGCACUUUGUCCAGCAGAGGUUCCCGUUCAAGUCCAUGUCCAUGCUGGCGUCGUUCUCGGCAAACGUGGCCUUUUCUUACCUGACAAAGUACCUGUUUGAAAGCGGCACCUUUUCGCACAAGUACGACUUCCUGGACGCCGUGGUGUCCAAGCACAGCAAGGAGAUCAUGGACAAAGCCACGCUGGUGAGCAACCAAGACAACAUUAUUCUUUCAGAGAUGGCGCCGGUCAAGCAGGUGGUGGGCGCGUCAAUUGCCGGGACGUUCAUCAACGCCGAGGUCCUCAGCGACGACGGGGCGUCCAGUCCGGAGGCUUUUGUCGAUGACAACUAGGCGACAAAGGCAGUACGGAUGCUACAAACAAGGGAUUUAAAGAAGAAGGAAUAAUCCAAGAGGCCUCCGGACUCUUCAGGAAACUUGCUACUGCCGCACUAAAAGCCAAAUCAACAGAAAUCUGCUUUGGCUUCCGAGUGACUCCACAAGUUUGUUUUAUGCUGAUUACACGAGGCCUCCUUCUUUUUUAACAUCCCUUGCCUAGAACCAGGAAGGUGACAAUUAGCCGUGUUGGGCAUAACACACUCAUUCUGUUUUUCUUUUUAAAGUUCAAUCCAAAACCACUGCAACCGUUUUAAUAUAAGUGCUCAAAGUGAUCGGAGGGACUUUCAGGGGGAAAUAAAGAGUUACUGCUUUUGGACAACGACGUCCACAAGGGUUUGAUGUGGGUAAUGAGAACAGUGCAAUAUCUAACCAAGGAAUUGUGUCCACGUCUAAAUAGCAGCUUGUGUGUGUGUGUGUGUGUGUGUGUGUGUGUUGCUCCAAAAAAGAUUGUGAUUUUUAAGUUUGCAUAGUCCAGAAUUUAUUAAUAGCAAUAAUAUUUGUAGGAUUAAUGUUAAAUGGAUAGAUACAUUGUACUGAAUAAGCAAGAUCCUGUCUUUAUUGUUACCUCGACGAUCAAAAGUAUUUGUCAUUUUAUGUUUCAUGUUCACCGUGCACUUAAUUCUCCUGGAAACCUCACUAAUUCCAGACAAAAUGAGUGUUGAUUUAAGAAGUACAUGCCAACGUGGUUUCACCAAACUCACCAGACAUGGUUGACGUUGGAUGAUUCUGCAUUCACCCUCAGUUUGAACGUUCACUGUCAAGAUGGUUGAAAUUGAUAAAAUAUCCCACGGUUGGAGCUACGAGGGGAUUGAGGCCAAAUCAAGGUCCACAUUAGGAAUGUAGGUCUUAUAUUCACUCCAUUACGCUGAUGUUUGCGUUUGCACACAUACAAUACAAACCUGGAUUGUUUUUCCUCGCUACGUUUGGCUUCCAUUUGUCUUGUAUGUUUGUCUAAUAUUUGACUUUGUGAAACUCCCAUUUGCGUUGCUCAUCUGUGAAUCAACGUGCAUUUAUAACUGCAUUAUUAAUAACAUUAAUAUCAAGUAAAGCACAUAUAAGGUUUUUAAAACGCGAUGAAUAUAUAUGUAUGUAUCUAUUUAAUUAAUGGAACCCAAUGGCAGCCUGCACAAGAAUUCAGAACUCUAAAAAACUAAGAUUGAAAAAUGAUUGGAAUUAACCAACAGUCUAUUUCACUGAUAUAUAAAACGGUCACUAAGACGCUGUUUUGAAACAUUACACGCGUGUGUGUAUGUGUGUGUGUCGGUGUGUGUGUGUGUGUGUGUGUGUGUGCCGGUGCCUACCAUUUGCUCAUCCUAAACCUGUAUUGACUGGCCAGCCUCAGCGGGUUAGCGGAGACAGGAAGUUAUUGUUCCUCCCGAGUUGGUGUCAGUGUGGCAGCGGUCUUUAUCGAUCCAAUUCCCAGUCGAUUAUCCCUCAGGACAUUUGAUUAAUACCUCUAAGAGGUUUGAAACUGCGGUUUAUGAGGGUUUGUUUGACGGUGUGUCGUUUAAGAAGAUGAAAUUUGAAAGUCUGUUACUGAUUGAGCACCAUCAUUCAAAAAGUCACUCACAUUCUCCCACUUCUGGCUGUUUCAAAAUACCCGGCGGACCGCUGCUCUGCAAAGACCUAUUUUUGUGUUGCUGUCCAGUUGACUUCUCUAUUUUUAUCACCUUGUUUUAAGACCAAAACUAAAUAGUGUCUGUCUCACUAUUCUCUGACCACCUGACCCCAUGUAUGGCAGGCAACUGCAAGCCCGUUCAUAACAGCGUAAGAAGACAGAUCUUUUAUAAAUAUGAAUAUAAAGUGUCUUUUUUUUUUAACUGUGUUAACUUUUCCUAACAUAAAAGGGCACUGCAGAAGUACAUGUUGCAAAUGAAGCAUCCUAUUGGGUAUUCAAAGGAGCAAGACAUUGUGGAAGUGACCCAAUGUCCUUUAAGGUGGCAAGACGGCCUUAGUCUUUGGAGAGAAGUGGACUUGAUCCCUGCAUUCAGCCAUAUCCCCUGAGGAAGCGACACCGAAUCCCAGCCUGAUCCCGUCUCAUCUCUAAAACAUAAAUAACAGCUAUGGGGUUCACGAUCUGCAACCAAGACGACGUCAGCUUGAACCUGGUGUGAGCCUGUGAAUGUGAACCCCUCCUCAUCAGAUAAGCUUCACAACGUGUGAAAGCACAGAGAAGAAUCUACAUCAGAUGUUGAACUGGCACAUUCAUUUGUGUCUACAUGUUGUAUAUUGCAAUGAUGCUGUAUUUUUGUGUGAUAAAUGUACAUACCAAAAAAGCAUAGAAACAAAUGAGUCUACUUUUAAAUGCAGCAUUAAAAAUGAUGUUUGUUGAAAGUGAACUUACAGCUAUUUAUUUAUUCAUUCAGUGUCUAUAAGAGUACAGUUGUAAACAAAUGUAAGGUCAGUUGAAUAAAUUAUAUUAUUUAGCA